AUGGCGAGCUUCUUCGACAUCAAGGCCAGGAAACAGGCUGCCGCCAACGGCGCAGGGACUCAGAAGCAAGACAAAUCGGCACAACCCCCAAGAACGCAGCCAUGGGUAGAGAAAUACCGUCCACGGACCCUCAACGAUGUUGCUGCCCAGGAGCAUACCACCGCUGUCCUUCAGAGGACCCUGCAGGCUUCUAACCUACCUCACAUGCUCUUUUACGGCCCUCCAGGAACAGGCAAAACCUCUACGAUUCUCGCCUUAGCGAAGGAACUCUACGGACCCGAGUUCAUGAAAUCUCGCGUCCUCGAACUCAACGCCUCAGACGAACGCGGUAUCUCUAUCGUCCGGGAAAAGGUCAAAGACUUUGCGCGAAUGCAGCUCACGAACCCCCCUCCCGGCUACAAAGACAAAUACCCCUGCCCACCCUUCAAGAUCAUCAUCCUCGAUGAGGCCGACUCCAUGACGCAGGACGCCCAGAGCGCUCUUCGCCGCACAAUGGAAACGUACAGCAAGAUUACCCGGUUCUGCCUCAUUUGCAAUUACGUCACCCGUAUAAUCGACCCGUUGGCGAGUCGAUGCAGCAAGUUCCGCUUCAAGAGCUUAGACAAGUCGAACACGAGGGCGAGGCUCGCCGAGAUUGCCGAGAAGGAGUCCGUUCCGCUCGAUGAUGGCGCCUUGGAUGCUCUAAUAAAGUGUAGCGAGGGCGAUUUGCGAAAGGCCAUCACCUUCCUCCAAAGUUCCGCCCGGUUAGUUGGCUCGAUGGGAGGCGUGGACCAGGACGGAGACGAAGAGAUGGAUGGACAGAAAAAGGUUGUCACGGCCAAGAUUGUCGAGGACAUUGCUGGCGUAAUACCGGCUCCGACAAUUGAUACUCUUGUGAAGGCUAUGCGCCCAAGAGGAUCCGGUUCGACAUUUACCCCGGUCGCCGAGGUUGUGCAGGAAAUGGUGGCGGAUGGCUGGAGUGCCGGACAGGUCCUGAACCAGCUUUAUCAAGCCAUCAUAUUCGAUGAGACCAUCCCCGACAAGCAAAAGAACAAGAUUGUUAUGGUGUUUUCCGAAAUCGACAAGAGGUUGGUUGACGGCGCGAGCGAACACUUGUCGAUUCUAGACAUGGCCCUGAGAAUAUCUGCCAUCAUGGCUGGUAAAUAG